CAUCAAGCCAUCUGCUCUGCGUCUCAAAGUGCGUUUAGCAGGGGCAGGGCGUUUAAGCGAGCAAAAUCGUAAAAAGCGCUCCGACCUUAGGGAGGGAUCACCUUUUGCAUUAUGAGCUUGCUGAUAUGUCGAGGCAUGUGACAUGUCAUUGCAUGACUUCUCAUAAAGAGGGACGCAAGUCCUUUGAAUGAUGCCAAUGGCUUCAUCUUGCCAAUUUAAAGAUAAGAGGCCCACCAAAUAAGCAGUAAGAACUUGAAUGAAAACAAAACCGAACCUGUUGAAAACAGUGGACUCAAUAAAGCGUGAGAAGCCUGCAACUCCUUACUAUAAAUAAUGGUAACUCUCAGCGACAACUUGAAUUGUGCAUGUGAGAGAGCAUGACAGUUGGCCUCCCCUCACCCUGUAGAAUGUGUGUUUUGUUGUUACCGUUUAGAAAUGAUAAGAUGUCCAAACUGACCAUCAAGCGGCUCUCACUUGAGGAGGAGUUCCCUGAUCUUAGCGUGCACAACAAUCACAUGGCCAAGGUCUUAACCAAGGACAUGUACAAGACCCUACGAGAGCGGGCCACUCCAAACGGAUUCACCAUAGAUGGUGUCAUCCAGACAGGGGUUGACAAUCCUGGCCACCCGUUCAUCAUGACGGUGGGGUGCGUGGCCGGGGACGAGGAGACCUACGAGGUCUUCAAGGAGCUCCUGGACCCCAUCAUCGAGGACAGACAUGGAGGGUACAAGCCCUCAGACAAGCACAAGACGGACCUCAACCCAAGCAACCUGAAGGGUGGUGAUGAUCUGGACUCCAACUACGUCCUCAGCUCUCGCGUGCGAACAGGCAGGAGCAUCCGAGGGUUCUGCCUGCCCCCCCACUGCAGCCGUGGAGAGAGAAGGGGUGUUGAGACGCUCUCCAUUGAAGCCCUCGACUCCCUGUCAGGCGACCUGAAGGGGAAGUACUACGCUCUGAAAAACAUGACAGACGCAGAGCAGCAGCAGCUGAUUGAUGACCACUUCCUCUUUGAUAAGCCUGUCUCUCCCCUGCUGCUGGCUUCAGGGAUGGCCCGCGAUUGGCCCGAUGGCAGGGGCAUCUGGCACAACGACACCAAGACCUUCCUGGUGUGGGUGAACGAGGAGGAUCACCUCCGUGUCAUCUCCAUGCAGCAGGGCGGGAACAUGAAGGAAGUGUUCAACCGUUUCUGCACUGGGCUCACCAAGAUUGAGACCCUGUUCAAGGAUAAGGGCCACUCAUUCAUGUGGAAUGAGCACCUGGGCUACGUGCUCACCUGCCCCUCCAACCUGGGGACCGGGCUCCGUGCUGGGGUCCACGUCAAGCUGCCCAACCUCAGCAAGAACGCCAAGUUUGAGGAGGUGCUCAAGAGGCUGAGGCUGCAGAAGCGCGGCACAGGUGGCGUGGACACGGCUGCAGUGGGCGGAGUGUUUGACAUCUCCAACGCUGACCGCCUGGGCUUCUCUGAGGUGGAGCUGGUCCAGAUGGUGGUGGAUGGAGUCAAGCUGCUGGUGGAGAUGGAGAAGAAGCUGGAGAAGGGCCAGUCGAUCGAUGACAUCAUGCCCGCCCAAAAGUGAACACUUCUGAUUGCUGCCCUUCCCUAUCCCUCCCCCAUGUCAGUUGAAUGAAUGUGUGACACUAUCCUGGAAUGCACAAUGUAUUAAAGGAACACUUAUUGCAAUCUAAACAUGAGAAUAAACUGUUUUGAUCCAUAUGA